CCUCAUCUUGCGCAUUGCAUCGUCAGGAGCGGAAUAGGAACCAUCGAGUAUUUUCGAGAGUUUCUUGAGAGCAAAACCCACAAGAAAGUGUGGCACAAUUACAGCUUUGAUCGCCACGUGCUGUAUAAUCCGUCAACACGCAUCAACGUACAGGGACUUGGCGGCGACACAAUGCACAUGGCGCGACUUUGGAACACAGCGCGCUUUCAGAAAGGUGGUUAUUCGUUGGAAGCGCUGUCGGCCGACCUCAUGGAACGUCGCAAGAAACCCAUGAAGGAGCUUUUUGGUGUGCCCAAGCUGAAGAAGGAUGGCACUCCAGGAAAGGAGCGUCUGGUGCCUCUUGUUGAAGAGCUGCAACGCUUUCCAGAGUUUCGUGAGCGGUGGAUUCGCUACAGCGUGUACGAUGCCGAAUGCACGUGGUUUUUGCACAAGGUGCUGCAACACAAAUUGGAAGACACAACAUGGCAUUUUCAGACGUUGGCCGAUGGAACUAUCUCGCGGCAUUCCAUGUAUGAUUUUUACGUGGAGUACUUGGUCCCAUUUGGUGAAUGCCUGACGGACUUGGAGCGAAAAGGCAUGCAUGUGGACCUGGCGAAUCUUGCCAAAGUCGAGCAACAAGCCUUGGCGGAUCGUGCCAAGCUUGAGGAAGAAGUGCGGGAAUGGGUAUCUCGGUACGUGCCUGAAGCCAAACGAAUGAACUUGGCCAGCGCGACGCAAAAACAACAACUUCUCUUCGCGCCGUACUCAAAUCCGCAGAAGAAGAUCGACUUGCCUGUGGAGCGCAUGUUUGAUGUGGAGAAUAUCGAACAAAUCAUUGAAAACCCUGAAAAGCAGACCAAGCCGAAGAAAAACCGAUCCAUUACCAUCCGAGGAUUGGGAAUUCCACCAGUGCAGUUUACAGCGUCUGGAAAUCCUGCUGCCACCGCCGAAGCUCUCAAAGAACUCGCUGGCAAACCCUUGGCAGAUCCCCCGCAGUACGGACGAGCAUUUGAACACUUUGACGACCCCGAAGAAGGUGCGGCGACCUGCCUCGCUCUCAAGAAAAUGUACGAUAUGAGCUCCAUCGAUACUAUGCUCAACAAUUUUAUCCUCCCGUUGCAAGAAUUGGCUGACGCCGAUGGUCGGGUACACGGGUCAUUAAACUUAAACACGGACACUGGUCGAUUAAGCUCACGCAAGCCAAACCUUCAGAACCAGCCUGCGAUGGACAAAGAUCGGUACAAAAUUCGCGAUGCCUUCACUGCCGCCGAAGGCAAGCUCCUCGUGGUAGCCGAUUACAGUCAAUUGGAGCUUCGACUCUUGGCACACGUCACUCAAUGUAAAGGCAUGAUCGAGGCAUUUAAAGCAGGAGGCGAUUUUCACUCAAGAACGGCAAUGGGCAUGUAUGAUUAUGUGCAAAAAGCAGUAGAGGCUGGUGAUGUUUUGCUGGAAUGGGAUUCAAGCAAGGGUAAACCCCCGGUGCCGCUUCUUAAAGAUGCCUUUGCGAAAGAACGGAAACAUGCCAAAAUUCUCAAUUUCUCCAUUGCGUAUGGGAAAACUCCUUUUGGAUUGGCCAAGGACUUCAAUGUAAGUCGAAAAGAAGCUGCGGAUACACUGGAGCGGUGGUAUGCCGAUCGACCAGAAGUCAAGGCGUGGCAACAGCAAGCGAUCAAAACCGCCAACUUGUUCGGAUACACACGUACUCUGAUGGGGCGCUACCGCAUGCUACCCGACGCCACAACCAAAUCCAAAUCCUUCAGUCAUCAAAAAGCAAAGUCGCACGCGGAGCGCGCGGCGAUCAACACCCCCAUCCAGGGAGCUGCGGCGGACGUGGUGAUGCGUGCAAUGCUCAACAUUCACCGGAACGAACAGUUGCGAGCGAUGGGUUGGGAAAUGGUGUGCCAAAUUCACGAUGAAAUCAUCAUGGAAGGACCGGCGGAAUGUGCCAAGGAGGCAUGCACACUCAUGGUGGACUUGAUGGAAAAUCCAUUUGAGUCGCCACUCAGUGUCCGACUCGAAGUUGAAGCAAAGAUUGAUUCGUCGUGGUAUAAAGCCAAGUAAAAAUGACAUGACGAGUACGAGG